UCUUCUUCCUUCCCCCCUCCCUCCAGGUAUUUCACUUUCCUCGCGCUUCUUGCUGCCUUCCGCCGCCGGGGGAGGAAGACGUCUCACUAAAAGUUACUUGAUCUUACGUCUCUUGUGGUACGGAGGACCAUGACAUUGGUUUAGUUGGUGAAUACCGAGUGUAGUCGUGCAGUAAGUGUGGACUUUUACAAAGGGACAUGAUUCUCGACCGCGGUGGGGUCCCAGUUCCCUCGGAGAAGGGAAGGUCAUUGACCUCUGCCCCGCGAGAAGAUUGAGGGGGCCCCUGUUCCCGGAGAAUUUUGGGGAUGAAGCCACCACACAAUCUACGGAGGUUCCCUCAGGGGGCAAAGUUUCUCCUGGGGUGACGAUCUCUCUCGUCACGACAGAAUUUACACGAUGCCCAUGCCCCAAGCUGGGCAUGCCUUGCGAGCUGAAGGGCGACGUGGCGCGGAUAAGGUGGAGAAGGUGGAGGGAACCUGCCAACAUGCCGAUGCCAUUGGCACGCACGCCGUGAGGGUGGCGUUUGCCGCGUUGUGAUUGGGCUUCCCGUUCGGAGAAGCGAAUAAGCAGGCGAGUUGCAACCAGGGGCCGAUUCUGAACACCUGGCCAAUCCCAACACUGGUUCCAAGCGAGGCUAAGAAAGAGUCUUUACAUACGCCAUUUUGGUUUUUUGGCCCGAAGUAGUCAGUCUAAUUGUUGUGAGAAUUUGCAAACGUUUUUUACAAUAUUUCUGGAAAUUUUCGGGCCCGACGACCCUUACAUUUUUGCCUAAAGUUGGUCUUAAGACGAUAAGUGGGGCGAAAGUGGGCGCGGCUGUCCUCCCAGAAAGUUUUGUCUACAUUUGUUUUCCCUUUCGUGGUUGUUUAAGUGGCAAAUUCUUCUUUAACCAGAGAGUAAAUAGCCUCUCUACCCCAACACUGUAGUAAAUCCCAAUCCGUAUAAAUGACACUGUAAAGAGAGUAAAACAAAAAUAAUAAAGUCCAAGUCAUUUUAUGAAGAGGGAUGAAAAGUAUAAAAAAAAUUCUGGUACGACCUUAUCCCACCAAGUUAUCAUGCCGAUGAGGGGGAGGAGGAGCAGUAGGGAGGGAGAAAAAUAAUUUUCUUAAGUCGAGGUGUUCCUUAAUAAAAAAAAUAAGAGGGGAAUAAGUUUUGGAAAAAGUAUAGUUAACUUGUGAAAAAUAUAAGUGUUUUUUUAGUGGUUAUCAUCAUUUUCUUAUUUCCAUUAGAGACCAUGUGAUCAUGGUGCUAAAUGGGAGAUGAAAAACGUUUAUGUUCUUCAUACGUGGAUAAUUUCGACUUCGACCAAGUGUCCUGUAGCAGUUCGUCAGUUAUUUAUACUUGCAAAGUAUUAAAUAAAUCGUCUUCACGGUGGGUGACGACAGGUCAUGUGUUUUAAGUGAGAAAUGGCUGAUCCCAUUGAUGGGCCGCCUAACAAGCGGCCCAGGCUGAAUGAUACGUUAACGUCGCCAAAUGAUAACCCCGGCUCAGACGUGUUCCGGACUGAUUUCGACUUAGAGAAGCAUCUUCCCGAUGAAUUGGAUUUACUUCCGAAUUCAUGGCCAAACUUGGAUACAAACAUUGCUUCAAAUCAAGCACAGGCACCCCAAGCUCCGCAGCAACAAAAUAUUAUGAUGGGGUCGUCGCAGAAUGUACAAAAUCCCCCACAGGCAAAGUUCCCCAUGCAAAAUGGAGAAUCUCAGCCUCAUCCGCCACAACAUCAACUUAUUCGGGGGAUGAUGAUUCCUGGUCCUGGUGGAGCUAAGAAUGUAAUCCUUAAUAAGCAACCAGCUAUGAAUAACAACAUGAUAAUGGGGAAGAUGGUUCCCAACGGUCCAUUAAUGCAACGAGGUAUUAGGGCUCAAACCAAUAAUCUAUCGCCGAACAUGGGCCAACGUCACCAGGCUCCCAACAUGAAUAUGUCCUACAACUUUAGUGGUGGGGGCCAACAGGGAGCAAUACAACGAAUGUUGCAGCCACAGCCGGGAAUGAACCAAGCUCCACCAAUGCAGCCUCCUCCAAGAUAUCCUGUAGACGACUUUAUCCCUAACCCACCCCCAAACGUGGUCGUCUCAUCUGCAAUGCCCCCUGGUCAGCAACCUUCUCAGUUAAGUGGUGGUGGUGGUGUCCCUUCUGGUAUCCCGUCAAUGGCUACAAACACCAUGGUCAACACGACCCCCAGCGCUUCAAUGACUCCAAACACCGUCAAUAAUGGUAUUCCUAUGAUGCAAACUGGGGUCAACGCUCAGAACCAAGUCGUUCCACAACAGCCUAUCAACAAUGUUUUGCAACUACCAGUCAAUAAUAAUCAACAACAAACUCUUCAGCAAUCUCAACCGGCAAAUGCAGAUCCGGAAAAGCGAAAACUCAUCCAACAACAACUUGUCCUGCUCCUGCAUGCACACAAGUGUCAGAGACGGGAAAGUCAGGCUGCAAAUGGUGAAACGAGACCAAAAGAUUGUGCCCUUCCGCAUUGCCGGACCAUGAAGAAUGUGUUGACGCACAUGACUCACUGCCAGGCCGGAAGAGCUUGCACGGUCACUCACUGUUCAUCCUCUCGUCAAAUCAUAUCGCAUUGGAAACAUUGUACGCGAUCCGACUGUCCUGUCUGCCUUCCGCUCAAACAAGCUGACCGCAAUCGAGUCAAUCCAAGUCAGCCUAAUCAAGUACCCCAAGUAUCAGGAGCACCACAACCUCAAAAUAAUCCUGCAGCAACGGCUGCUUCGGCACUCCCAUCCUCAGAAGUGCGCCGGGCUUAUGAUGCACUGGGGAUCCCAUGUCCACCAAUUGGAAGUACUAAUGUUGGUACAGCCCAACCACUUAGACCACCGCUUCGCCCUCAAGUACCCCCACAGCAACAACAACAGCAACAGCAGCAGCAACAACAACAGCAGCAGCAGCAACAACAGCAACAGCAACAACCCCCUCAACCCACCCCCGUGGCACAGUCAGCACCCUCGCCAAGACUUCCAUCUGCUUCGCCUCAACCCCCAAGCGUUGGGGACUCCAGUGCAAACUCUCCAUCGUUGUUUCCCCUCGGGGGUAACCCAAAUGCUGUAUUGGGACUGGACGGACAAGGCGUCCAUCCAGCCACGAGUACUUCUGGUAUCACUGCGGCCCCUGUCCAAGGAACAAAGGAGUGGCACCAGUCCAUUAAUCCGGAUCUCAGGAAUCACCUGGUUCAUAAACUGGUACAAGCAAUAUUUCCAUCUCCCGACCCGGCUGCUAUGCUCGACAGGCGAAUGUGCAAUCUGGUCGCUUACGCUAAGAAGGUUGAGGGUGACAUGUACGAAAUGGCGAGCUCAAGAUCCGAAUACUAUCACUUCUUGGCAGAGAAAAUCUACAAGAUCCAGAAAGAGUUGGAAGAAAAGAGACAAAGGCGCAAAGAACUGCAAGCCGCUCAGGCGAGCCAACCACAGCAGCCAAACGUAAGACCGACCAUCCCACCAGGCGGUCAGGCAAUGUCACGUCCUCCGAACGUCCCUCCACAAUCGGCGGCGAUUCGAAAUUCAAACCCAAAUAAUAUAAACCGAUUGCCCAUGCCUACGCUACCAUCUUCUCUGCCCAUUCCAACGUCUGGAAAUAAUAACACCCUCUCGCAACCGCAACCUUCACCCAAUAGUAAUUUGAUGUCUACCAAUAACGGCCCCUCAUCUACGCCCUUUUCCAUGUUUCCACACCAGCAAAAUCAGUCGCAUGGAGUGUCGCAGCAGCAGCAACAAGGAUCCCUGACGAGUGGUGGUGGUAGUGGUGGAGGUUUCGACAUGCUGAAACAAUCACCCAGCCAGCCUUCAACUCCGCAACAAUCUCAGCGACAAGUCAAUAGUAGCUUAACAAUGAACGGGGACUUUGAUGCGAUGAUGUCUGUGCCACAACCUCCCAGCUCGGUAGCAGAUAGUAGUCAACUUGACAAUGAUGUGAAACCAGACAUUCGAAACCUUCCGAUAUCUUUGAAAGAGGAGAGGUCGGAAGGGAAGCACGAGUCUAACGGAGAGAUUUAUCCGGCUGAGAGGUCUGAGAAUGAUGACUCUUCUUCCAUGUCUGUGGAUCAUCCAAUAGCCGUGAAAAAAGAGAUCAAGGAAGAGACGUGUAGUCCGGUGUCUACGACGAGCACGGCUGAAUCAAUGGACACAUCAAUUGCUAAGGCUGAACCCCCCUCGACCCCUGCAACGUCAACAAAUCCACUCCCAUCACCCGCUCCUGUACCUUCAGUCAAUUCCUCAUCCGAUAAGAAGAAGAAGUGCCUGUUUGAUCAAGUCCAGUUGAAAGAAGCGCUUUUGCCAAGUUUAGAAAAGCUUAAUCGACAAGACCCUGAAUCCUUGCCUUUCAAACAGCCAGUUGACCCUCAGGCUUUGGGUAUUCCUGACUAUUUUGACAUAAUAAAAAAACCAAUGGAUCUCUCAACCAUCAGAAGAAAGCUGGAGAGUGGAAAGUACACUGACCCCUGGGAAUACGUGGACGACGUUUGGCUAAUGUUUGACAAUGCGUGGCUCUACAAUCGUAAAACCUCAAGAGUAUAUCGCUACUGUACAAAAUUAGCUGAAGUCUUUGAGGCUGAAAUCGACCCAGUCAUGCAGAGUUUGGGAUAUUGUUGUGGCCAUAAAUAUACCUUCAAUCCUCAGACCUUGUGCUGUUAUGGGAAGCAAUUGUGUACGAUUCCAAGAGACGCUAAGUACUAUUCGUAUCAAAACAGGUACACCUAUUGCCAGAAGUGUUUCAGUGAGAUUCCAGGCGACACAGUUAAUCUGGGCGAUGAUCCGACAGCGGCGCAAGCUUCUAUCAAGAAGGAGCAGUUUGUUGAGAUGAAGAACGACCAUCUUGAGUUAGAGCCCUUUGUUGAAUGUCAGGAGUGCGGUAGAAAAUUACAUCAAAUAUGCGUCUUGCAUUUGGAUUGUAUAUGGCCGCAAGGGUUUACUUGUGAUAAUUGUCUGAAAGCGAAAAAUACGAAACGUAAAGAUAACAAAUUCACGGCCAAACGAUUACCAACUACCAAAUUAGGAACCUAUAUUGAAACAAGAGUGAACAACUUCUUGAAGAAAAAGGAAGCUGGAGCUGGCGAAGUUUGCAUAAGAGUGGUCUCCUCGUCGGAAAAGAUCGUCGAAGUGAAAGCUGGAAUGAAGGGUCGCUUCGUAGAAAUAGGAGAACUAUGCGAAACGUUUCCCUACAAAGCCAAGGCAUUGUUCGCCUUUGAAGAGAUUGAUGGAACGGACGUGUGCUUCUUUGGAAUGCAUGUACAAGAAUACGGCUCCGAAUGUCCGACGCCCAACACGCGAAGAGUGUACAUUGCUUAUCUCGACUCGAUUCACUUUUUUAGGCCUCGUCAAUUCCGAACUGCGGUGUAUCAUGAAAUAUUACUAGGAUAUUUAGAAUAUGUCAAGCAAUUGGGUUACACAAUGGCUCAUAUUUGGGCAUGUCCUCCAUCCGAAGGCGAUGACUACAUAUUCCAUUGUCACCCUCCAGAACAGAAGAUACCAAAGCCCAAGCGGUUACAAGAAUGGUACAAAAAGAUGUUGGACAAGGGAAUUAUUGAGAGGAUUGUGUUGGACUAUAAAGACAUUUUAAAACAAGCGAUGGAGGAUAACUUGGCCUCAGCAGCUGAACUACCUUACUUUGAGGGAGACUUUUGGCCCAACGUCUUAGAAGAAUCAAUCAAAGAGUUGGACCAAGAGGAAGAAGAAAAACGAAGACAGGCUGAAGCAGCCGAAGCCGCCGCCGCUGCAGCGGCCGCGACGAGUGUCAGCGAGGAAGUUGAAGUUACUGCGGAUGGCAAGAAGAAGGGACAGAAGAAGGCUAAAAAGUCAAACAAAUCAAAAGCCAAUCAGCGUAAGAACAACAAAAAGUCAAAUGCACCUCAGACUGGGAACGAUUUGUCCACCAAAAUCUUUGCAACGAUGGAAAAGCAUAAGGAAGUAUUCUUUGUCAUACGACUUCAUUCAGCUCAGUCUGCGGCUUCUCUUGGGCCAAUUCAAGAUCCGGAUCCAUUUAUCCAGUGUGACUUAAUGGAUGGUCGCGAUGCCUUUUUAACCAUGGCUCGUGAUAAACAUUACGAGUUCUCGUCUUUACGAAGAGCAAAGUAUUCAAGCAUGUCGAUGUUGUACGAGCUUCACAACCAAGGACAAGACCGAUUCGUGUAUACUUGUAACAACUGCAAGAAUCACGUGGAAACGAGGUACGCCGAAAUAUAUCACUGUACCGUCUGUGACGAUUUCGAUCUCUGUGUUGGAUGUUACCAGAAGGCUGGCCAUCCUCACAAAAUGGACAAACUUGGCUUGGACCUCGAUGACGGUUCCAGUUCUUCUCCUGAAAACAAAUCCAAUCCACAAGAAGCCAGAAAGUUGUCCAUUCAGCGAUGUAUCCAGAGUCUUGUUCAUGCUUGUCAAUGUCGAGAUGCCAACUGUCGAUUGCCAUCGUGCCACAAAAUGAAGCGAGUUGUUGCUCAUGCCAAGGUCUGUAAGCGAAAGACCAAUGGAGGUUGUCCAAUCUGCAAGCAGCUCAUCGCACUCUGCUGCCUCCAUGCGAAGCACUGUGUCGAGACCAAGUGCACCGUCCCCUUCUGCGCCAACAUUAAGCACAAGUUGAAACAACAACAAGCUCAUCAGCGACUCCAGCAAAAUCAACUUUUGCGUCGCAGGAUGCAAAUGAUGCAAAUGAUGGGAGGAGGAGGGUCAGCAGCACCUUCCACACCAACCCCUGCUGUAGCCGCACCUCCUCGGCCAGCUCCAACUGUACCUCAGACGAUGGGAAGCCCUAUGACUCCUGGAAUGCAAUCAAUGGGAGGAGGAAAGCCUGCGAGCGGAGCGCCUUUGGCAGCUUUACAAGCGGCCAGACAAGUACAAGAAGAAGUAGCUCGACAGCACGCGCAAGCAAUUGCCCCCACCGGAAUUCCAGUCGUGCCUCCUACUCAGCCCAACCAUCAAACGCCUCCUCAUCAACAGCAACAGCACAUGAUGCCUUCUCCUGGAAACCAGGUUACAAACGUUGGGUUCCGAGGUCCUCAAAGACCGCCCAAUGCGCCAGUCGGUCAACAACCACAAGUUCGGCACCCCGGUCUACCGGGAAUAGACCAAAUGCAAAACCGCUAUCCGGGAAUGUCUCCUGCCCGACCCAUGAACAACUCUAUGCAACCACAACAGGCCAAUAUGAUGAUGCAACAGCAACAACAGCAGCAGCAGCAACAACAACAACAGCAGCAGCAGCAAGGUCCACAGCAAAACUCGCCUCAACCUCCAAACCAAGCUCAACCUCAACAAGGUAUGAGCAUGGCCAAUCAGCAAGUGAGACCAGUUGGACCACAGCAAGGAGGCCCAGUUAAUCAAGGCGGUCAAGGUCAAGUGCUGUUACAUCAACUUCUCCAAACUCUCCGAUCUCCUGCCACGCCAGAGCAACAGCAACAAGUUUUACAAAUACUCAAGUCAAACCCUCAACUAAUGACUGCAUUCAUACGGCAUCGUCAACAACAGCAACAACAGCAACAACAGCAGCAGCAGCAACAACAACAGCAACAGCAGCAGCAGCAACAACAACAGCAGAAUGUGCAGCAAGGCCAAGCAGGUCAACCAAUGAUGUCCCCGGUGAUGAAUCAACAACAGCAACAGCCUCAACAUAAUUUAAUUCAACACCCAGGUGGUAUGGGGACACAAAAUGUUGCAAUGGGUCAUCAACAUGGAAUGCCACAUCCUCAAAUGCAACAACAACAGCAUCCACAAAUGAUGGGUAAUCCACAACAGCAGCAGCAACAACAACAACAACAACAGCAGCCUGCUUGGAUGCGUCAACAACAGCAACAAAUGUUGAUGAGACAACAACAACAGCAGCAACAACAAGGUCCGCCGCAGCAAUCGUUAGGAAACAAUGGUGCUCAGCCCCAAGCUACUCAGCAGUUCCUCUACUCACAACCGAACCAACUUGGAGCUAAUCAGAUCGGUGGGAACCCGAACAUGUCUCAGAUGGCUGGUAAUAUGAAUCCGACGAUGCCGAAUCAAAUGGGGUCUCAACAGACUACUCUUCAGUCACAACUUCAAUCUCAGAUGUCACCAAUGGCACAGAUUGGGAAUCCAAACGUUCAAAUGGGAAACGCAUCUCUGCAAUCGCAACGAUUUGGCGGAAGACCGGCGCCAGUCUCCUCUCCAAUGGGUCCCCCCACCCCGGUUUCUGGGCCUAGCGCAUCGCCUCGAGCAAUGCCCACACCAUCACCCAGACCGCACCCACCUACGUCGCAAUCACCUCAUCCUGUAGGUGGUGGGUCGGGGACGCCGCAAUUGGACAUCCUACAUUCACCGCAGUUGGUACCGGACGACUCUGUUCUCACGCCGCAGGAACAGUUGUCCAAGUACGUGGAUCAGUUGUGACACCCAGAGUGAUGCUAUAGAGUGUUACUGAUCGAAGGCCAAAGACUUCCUUACAGAUAACUUAACAUAAGCAUAUAAUUUAACUACUAGAAAAUUAUUGUGUGUACCUCACUAAGUUUCAGCCCAGUCUCAUCAUCUUGUUGUUGAUGUUUGGGUCUGCUUGUUGCGGAUUUUGUGAUGUUUGAGUGGUUGUGUAGGGAGUUAGCUAAAAGAAAUUAGUCAUAUAGUGUAGUGUAUAAUGAACUCACCACCUGAGCGGUCAGACGAAGAACCCUCGUGUGCGCCUUUGUGAUCUCUGAUGCAGUGGACAAAACUCAGUAUUGUUGAUAAAAAAAGAAGACGACAUAAACCCGUUCAACACACUACUCUACCUAUCUAUACAAACAUACAUCUCGUCCUCCUCCUCCCCCUCUCAUGAUUCAAGAGGAGGAGGAGGCGGAGGGGAGACGACAUUCCAGCCUCCAGACCGCCGUCAGUCGGUCGCCAUCACAGCCAAUACUUUAUAAGCUGGGGGUAGGCUAUACUUUUAAUAUGCACAUUCAUGUAAUAAGCUAACCUAUUCAAACAUGUUGGUACACACAUAUUGCGAUUAUUACAUAGGAUUUUAAAAUUUAGGAAAUCAAUUAUCACACUCGAACUCAUUGAAAAAAACAAAACGGCAAAAACUUUUUACUAUCGAUUAUAUAAGGAAAAAAGGCGUGUACGAACGAAUAUAUAGCAGAUCAUGUGCAAUAUAUAUAAGCAAAUUAAGUAAUAAUAGUAAAUUUUUAAUGAUGAUUAUGGGAUUAUAAUUAAAGUCUGAACUCUUCUACUACUACUACUACGAUGAUGAGAUCAUUAUUAUAUUGUUAUUAUGAUUAUUUUGAUUGUUAUUUUUAUCAAUUAUUAUGCCGUAUGCUACUACUACACAUGGUCUGAGCAUUAUUAUGAAUUAUUACGUUGUUUGUUAGUACCCCUGCCUGUCCUUUUUUAGACGAGUGUUUUAUUUACCACUCUUUGUUAUUUCUCGGACAAGAUGAACUAAUAUGUCCGAAUGAUUCGAAGGUAUUCUCUCUUUUUCUCUCUCUCUUGACACGCCUUCUGAAAUAAAUCAACUAUUAUUAUUACAAUUAUUAUGAAUUAUUAAUUAUAAAUUUUUAGUCAACCUCAUGGUGGUUGCUUGGCUAGUUGGUUGGUUUGUGGUGGUGGUAGGUUUUAUUUUUUAGCCAGUCUCUCAACCAAACUACCCACUUUAAACUUUUUUUAAUGUACAGCUACACCCACCCAUCCAUUAAAUGCUACAGAACCCCAACCGUUUACUUACCUAACCUACCUAUAAUGUCCUUCUCAACGAUGCCGUCGUGGCGUAGUUAGUACACAAGAUGAUGUUAUUCUAUUAUAGCCUCUGAUUAAUUUUUCAUUGUUAUUUAUCUUGUAAAAUUAGUGCGAGUAUGAUGCGUAGUUGUUAUUCUUACCAUGUAAUUAAGUCAGUUUCUCCUCCUCGUUCCUCGGUGCAGAGAGACUUGACUUGUCCUGAGACUUCCGUUAUAUGAUUAAUUAUGCUAUGCCCUCAACAAAACAACAUGCCGACCCAGCGAGCAAAGCAAGCAAACACUAGUGAAAUGAAUUAUUAUUAUGACUAUACAACUAGUAUAUUAUUAUGAUUAUUAUUUUGUUAAUUAUUGAAUAAUUAAUUACUUACUUGUUAUAUUUAUGGGUCUUGUAUGUAAAAAAAUGCUGCGUCGUUACCUCCACGGAUCACAAGUGUGCAGGCUCGUCGCAGAGUAUUUAUUCAAUAAUAACGAGUUUGUUCUCAUCAAUUACAUAUUAUUAGUAUACUCCUUAUUAUUAUUACGACACCAAACUACAGACUAAAUAACUACUAACUAACUAACUAACUACUCCUGCACACUACCACCACUACAUAAUUACUACUGUAUAGCCAUAAUACAGUCGUUUUAUAAUCAUAAUAUCAUUUGUGCAUUAUAAUGUCCUGAAAAGUAUUUAUUUUACCAAGAUAAGAUAUUAAAUGAUGUGGAAUUGCA